AUGACGACCGUGACGGCCAAGGAUGUCUAUGUGUCUUGGAAUGGCGAUCUGAAUACCUGGCCAGAUUUCGUUCGAAAGGUGAGACUCCAGUAUGAGAAGACGCAGCCAAGCAAACGCUACUUGCUUGGCCCUGAGCUUGUGAGUCGCUUGACGGACAAGGCUUGGCAGGCUUCGUACGAGAUCGACCAUGACCGCCUUUCUGGACGCCAUGGAGUGAAGUACAUGCUCAGCUUCCUUCGUGACAAGCUCUGCCGUGCACCGGUCCCCGAUGCAGGGGCCCGCCUCGAGGAUCUACUGAUCCGACUCCGUCGACAGCCCGGUACUCCUUUUGCUCAAUGGGCUCAUGAGGUGAGAGAGCACUACCGACGACUUCAACGUGCCCUUCUCCGAGCUCGACAAGAAGCCCAACCUAAGGAGACCUCCAUGAAGAAGAGCUCAAAAGGAAGCUCCAAAAAGAGCCAUGGUUCAACAGCCACUGAACCGGAACCUCGACCUUCAUCCACUGGCAGUGACCACUCGCCUUCGAGGAGUGUCCGUAGUCGAGAACCUGCCAUUCCGGAAGAUGAGGAGCAAGAAGAAGAAGACGGAGAAGAAGAUGAAGUGGACGAUGGCUCUCCUUCCAACCGUGGUGGCUGGAACACCUGGUGGCAAUGGGGCAAUCAGUGGACUGUUGAAGAGUGGAAUGAGUGGCUUGGCAAGAAGAAGAAGCAUGAUGGCUCUGACUCCUGGUCUGCCUACGCUGAGGACGAUGAGGACAUGAAUGAAGAAGAGACCUAUUGGGGUAGUGCUUCAUGGGAUGAUGGUUCCUGGACUACCUCUUCGGCAUGGUGGAAUGACACCGAGGCUGAGUUUGAGUUCUCACCGGAAGAGCAGAAGCAGAUUGAUGAGGUCUAUGCGGCCUAUGAAGACAAGGUGAGGACUUUCGCGCAGGCCAGAAACCUGAUGAAGAGCAAGACCAACAACCGAGGCUUCUUCCCGAUGGUGAAAGGCAAGUUCUCCAAGGGCAAGGGCUCUUUCAAAGGAAAGCAAAAGGGAGGACCGUCUCCCGUGAUGGCUGCCUCCUCCUUUCAAGGCAGCUCAAGCCCUGGCAAGGGACGACAACGUCCAGGUGAACCUGACUAUACGGGAUGCUUCAUUUGUGGAGCUCGUGAUCAUUCAUUCCAGCAAUGCCCAAAGCGACAUCAACGAAAAGGUGGUGGCAGUGCACACUAUGUCGACGUUCUCUAUGCCUCUCUGGAGAACGACACCUACACGACCAAUGAAUUUGACAGCUCGGUCUUCAUGGCUCAAGACGACUCCAUGGAUGCUGAGGAAACCAUUUCAGCGUGGACUGUUCAGCCCUCAGAUGAUCAGUUCCACGCGGUGAUCGACUGUGGAGCUACCGAGACGGUUGCGUCCUUGCAUGCACUGACGGCCAUUAUGAAUCGCCGCCAGUCCAAGUUUGGCUAUGAGGAGAUCCGUGUCAACCAGGACGUCCGGAAGACAUUCAAGUUUGGAAAUGGACGCACUCUCCAAGCCACUUCAUACGUUGAGAUCCCACAGAGCAUUGGUGGCACCCAUACUUGGCUUGGAGUACAUGCUCUGGACACGGACGAUCGCUAUGUGCCACUGCUCCUUGGCAUGAGGACCCUUGAGAGGCUCGCAGCGGUGAUCGAUUUCGGCAGCAAGACUGCCAGCUUUUGUGCUGUGAGUGAUGAAUUGGUUCCGCUGCAACAAUGUCAGCGGACAGGUCACUUGCUUUUAGAUCUUUCCUCUGAUUGGCUUGACGCCCGAUUCGAUGAGGUAUAUAUGGAGCAUCUUUCAUCGUCACAAGCCAUGGUUGUCGAGAAUAGUAAUCAUCUAGAUCAAGCAGAAGCCGGUCAUAUUGACGAUUUUGCACAUGAGUAUCAGUUUGAUGAACCCUUUGUUCCUCCUCCUUCACAUCAAGAACUUCUUCCUUCCGAACCUCUUGUACUUGCUGAAUCUCCCACGUCUGCAGGUUUUGGGUUCGAGUCUGAAGUUUGCGAGGGCACGAACCCGGGGAUUUCACACGAUAGCCAUGUCCGGGACCCCGUCGACUACAUGCAGUCAACCCGAGACACCGAAGAAGGUGACGGCGAAGGGGAAAUCCAAAGGGCAGAAGAACCAGAAGCUGCCCGACGACCAGAUCUACGACUUCGCCAGGAAGGAAGGGCCGGAUCCCAGAGAUCCUCGGUUCAAAGGAGGACCGUGCAAGGGCCAGCAUGUGGAAGCCCCCUUCGGACGUGGCUCUCCAUCCGGGAAGAACGGAUGGGCAAUGUGGAAGACAUGUCAGAAUUGCAUGCUUCGCCUCGAGUACACCCCAGCAUAUGGCGCUCAUGCCAAGUACAGGAGUGCAGGUCCUCUCAGCACCGACACCAAGGACCAGCUGAUCGAGAAGGCGAACGAGAUCGAGAAGGACCCUUCUGUGCUUCGUACAGCGGAGGUGGCUUUGGAUGGCGCAGAGAGGAGUCUCCAUCGACGUUUGGAGACCAUCCAGAAGCAGAAGGAGGCCCUGAAGAAGGACAAGACCAAGGACGAGCCCCAAGCCAUGAGAACCACUACACCAACUCAGAGGAAGUCGAAGAGGACUGGUUCUCAAGGUGCAGAGGCACUGGAAGCAGCAGCGGAGGAGUCGGACGGCUCUUGGACCGAGAUGCCUCCGACGGGUGCGAACUGACCACGCCAGAGAGCGUGAAGUGUCUGGUGGCCGAGACGAUGAAUGACACUACGACGGCCAUCAAUGACAGCUUGCAUGAAUUUGUGAACCUUUCCUUUGACUCCAUGCCUGGAGUGGUACUGUUUUCUCCUGAAGCGCGCAGCCUAGAUCUUUUGGAAGUGUGCUGUCCUCCUGAUAGCGCACUCGCAGCUAUGGUGGAAAGACUCGGAGGAUCUUCAGCCAGAGUGACCGAACACAACAUGAAUUUGAACUCAGUUGAUGGCCUGACCCAAGCUAUUAGCUUUGUGAGAAGAGAAAAGCCGAGAUGGAUGUGGCUAUCCCUGCCUUGUGGGGCUAAUAGUCCCAUACAACAUCUCAACGAGCUGACUGAACAAGCCUGGCUGAAAUCUCUGGCUCGCCGGAAGAAGUCUAGAAAACUAGUCCGUCGAGCUCUUCAACUCCUUCGAGUGCAUGUCUUUGAAAAUGGUGGACACUUUGGUUGGGAGUGGCCAAAGACGAAUGAUGGUUGGCACCAAAAGGAGCUGAAGGAUUUCUUCAAGGAGGUCCAUGAGAAGAAGCAGAACCUCUUCCGCACAUUGCUCCAUGGUUGCCAAGUAGGAGUUGUGAAUGACAAGAAUGAGCCCGUGCUGAAGCCCUGGACGAUCUAUGUGACUGACCGUGCCAUGGCUUCCGCUUUGCACCUUGUAUGCCCUCAUGAUCACCAACACGGAGAAGCUAUGGGAGGCCAGUCGGCCAAGAAAACAGGCUUCUACCCUCCUCGAAUGGUGAGAAUCAUUGCUAGGCAGAUCCUACGACGUGACCUACCCCCUCACGUUGAAACUGCGCAAGAAAAAGAUGAAGAGGCACUCUUAGCCUAUGGGGUGUCUGAGAUUGAGACUGUUGCGCCUGAUGGUGUCUCUCCAGUCGAAUGGAAGAGAGUUUUAGCAUUGGUCAAGAGACUUCAUGUCCGAGCAGGUCAUCCCUCCACAAGAAGUUUGGUUGCCACCCUGAAAGCGAGAGGAGCACAUCCCCUCAUCACCUUGGCGGCCAAGUACAUGCAUUGUGAUGACUGUGCAGAGACCAAGCGAUCAGUUCCUGCAGCCCGAGCGAGCUUUAAUCGUUCGGACACUCUUUGGCACACCUUGCAAGUUGACAAUGCGUACUUCAAGGUAGGCACCAAGACGGUGACCGCCAUGAUCAUGGUUGAUGAGGCUUCUACUUUCAUGGUACCCCAUCUCCUACAUCGGCUUGACGAAGGAGAACAUGAGAAUGCCACUGCUGAACAGGUGGUAGAUGCCUUGCAGAACUCCUGGAUUCGAUUCUUUGGACAUCCUUCGGUUCUUCGACUUGAUCCCGAAGGAGCCUUUCGCUCACGGCUGCUAGAAGACUUUUGCGGCACCCGUGACAUCGAGCUUCAGCCUUGUGCAGCUGAAGCCCACUAUCAGAUCGGUGUUGUGGAGCGUGCCAUUGGGACACUAAGGAAAUCGGUGGAGCGCUUCCUUCGCAGCAACGCAGUUGAUCCCUGGGAGGCCAUUGUGACCAUGUGUGCAGCUCAUAAUGAAGUUGGAAAGAUUGCGGGUUUUUCUCCAGCUCAAUGGGCACUGGGACGUUCCUUGGGCAUCGAUGAGAAGAUUCAUGAGAGCGGAAGAGAAGCUACGAGUUUCCAUGAGUCUCAACGAGCUUCACAAGACAGAGUGCAAAAGACCAUGGUCCUUCGUCUCAAGGCUGAGCAAGAGUACAAGAAGAACAUGGCUCAAGAGGCCAUCAAUCGAGCCUGGAACUCCAAGGCUCAAAAGCGUGAGAUUUGGACUCCUGGCACACUCAUUUACUACAAGCGGUAUAAGGCACCUUCCACGUCUUUGGCGUCACACAAGGAUGUUGAUGUGACAAGACGACAAAUAGCUCGCUGGUAUGGCCCAGGUCGUGUGGUCGCUACUGAGAGCUUCUUGGACGGCGACUCAGCGAGGCCUGGUCACAUUGUCUGGAUUACUGCUGGUGGUCGCUUGAAGCGUGUUGCUCCUGAACAAUUGCGCCUGGCUAGCGAGACAGAGAAGAUUCUGGCUGAGGCUGACGGUCCACCUCGCUUUGACUGGACCAUUCAAGGUAUGCUGCAAGAAGUUGAUCGUGGACAAUUUGAUGUUUACGAUGAUUUGCUGCAACCGAGCCCUGCGACUCCGGCCCGGCGAUCUCGAAGCGCAGCGCCACCAGUGAGAGGCAGCUCAGCUAGGAGUAGGACCCCUGUGAUGAAAAGAGAAGAACCAACAAGAUCGCAUGUAGAUCCCAUAAGCCGCAAAAGACCUCAAGAAAAUUCGGAUGUUCGACCAUUAGGAGAUUCGAAAAGAAAGAGCGGCAAAGAGAUGCCACUAGGGACUGGUCAGGCACAGUCGGCAUCGGGUUCAGUGAAAGGGACAUCACACCCUGGAGGCUCUAGAAUGGUUUCUCUUGAAGCGACUCCUAAUGCCCCAUCCUUAGCUAGCUCAGAUUUUUCGCCCGGCCGCUAUCUCAGCGACCCUUCCUGCGAAUUUCCAACUAGCCAUGGAGCUGCUGGCAAGAGCUGGACUGGUGAGCUCAAACGCAAUGAGCUUUUCAAAAAGGCUCAAGAACGGCACGGUGAAGCGAAGAUGGUUGAGGAAACCUCAUUUGCUUGCGAGUCACUUCAACCUGAAGAUGGUCAAGGUGAACCUCCUUUGUUUGUUGCCAUGUCUUUGGAGCUGCCCACAGAUGAAAAGAGCAUGAAGCAGUUCAAGCGAGACCCAGUGACUUGGACAGCGAACAAGUUGAAGAAACAUGUUGAAGUGAAGAUGGAGCAUCUUACUCCAGAACAAGUUGAAGACAUGAAGAAGGCCAAGUCUUUGGAAGUUGGUCAAUGGAUCCAAGCGGCUGCCUGCAAAGCUCUUGAGGGGCACCAGAUCGCUCCUCGCAGCCGGACCAUGCGGAUGCGCUGGGUUUUGACCUUCAAGUCCUCUGGCGCAGCGAAGGCUCGAAUAGUGAUCGUAGGUUUUAGUGACCCCGACCUUGGAAGCCUUAGUACGACUAGUCCAACAAUGAGUAGACGCACUAGACAACUCAUGAUGACCAUGGCUUCUUGUUGCGGUUGGUCACAAGUGAAAUGCGAUGCCAAAAGCGCAUUUUUGCAGACUAGCGAGAACACCGAGGAACACCGGAGUGUGUUCGCAGUGCCAGUUCCAGAGCUGGCAAUGGCCAUGGGAGUUGAACCAGGCAGGGCAGUCCAGGUGGUUAAAAGCUGUUAUGGUCUUUGCAAUGCCCCUCACCAAUGGUACCUCGAAGUUAGAAACAAGAUCCUUGAAUUAGGAGGUGAGGCUUUGAAGACGGAACCCUGCUGCUGGAGGAUCAAAGAUCCUUCCACGAACUCGGUCGUUGGCCUUGUAGGAAGCCAUGUAGAUGAUUUCUAUAUGAUUGGGGACGAUGGAAACGAAACGUGGAACUUGUUUUUGCAUCGUUUUAAGGCUUCAUAUCGUUGGAGUCCUUGGGAGUGUGAUUCAUUUGACCAUUGUGGAGUUCAAUUGCAUCAAACCCCAAGCAAAGAAAUCAUUUUGGAUCAUGCAAAAUUCUGCACUGGCAUACAGCAAAUUAGCAUCACCACUAAAGACCCGAAAGCACCAGCCACUCCUCAAGAAGUUGAGCAACUUCGAGCCGUUUUGGGCGCGGCACAGUGGCGUGUGGUCCAGUCUGGACCCCAGCACGGGGCCAAGUUGAGUCAGUUGCAGAGCAGGAUCACCAAAGCUGAUGGCCAAACAUUGGCUGAAGCGAACAAAUUGGUGAGAGAGAUUUACAAUGAUCGCAUGCUUUCUCCCAAAACCCAAGUGUUGGAGUGUUCCCCUGACGAGGUUGAAUUUGUUGCUUGGAGUGACGCUGCUUUAGCCAACAGGGUUGACAUGGGUAGUACUGGUGGUUACGUUGUUGGUGCCACUACCAAAGACCUUCGAGAAGGAAAGAAAGCACGCGUGAACUUUGUAGGUUGGAAAACCUUCAAACUCAAAAGGAUCGCAAGAUCCAGCCUAGCGGCAGAGGUGCAAGCCUUUUCGGAGGCUGAAGAGGAACUUAUGUUCACGAGACUCCAGUGGGGCGAAAUGCUCGGUCAUGACCUCGAUCCUCGAUCUCCUGAAGAUGUGUUGGUUCGUGUUCCUGGGAUUCAUGUUACCGAUGCCAAGUCCCUCUAUGACUCGGUUCAGAAGGGUUUGGUGAACACAAGCGGUUUAGGACUUUCCGAGAAGUACAGUGCUUUGGAGCUUUUGUCGGUGAUGGAACGCUUGGACAGAGGUCACACGGAGACUCGUUGGGUGAAUUCUGACGCUCAACUGGCGGAUGCUUUAACAAAGCAUCAAUGUCAGAGCUCCUUGCAUCAAGCUUUGGUUCAGGGACAUUGGAUCCUGGUCUAUGAUCCCCUUUUUGUUUCUGCCAAGAAGCGAAAGGCAGCUAAGCUAGGUCCAAAAGCUUAG